UGUAUUUCACGCAAUCAAACGGACGAACAUAUUUGACAGAUCAAUGAAUACGGCGACACACUAAAUUUUGGUUUGUACCAAAAAUUUAUUUUUAUUUUUAUUUAGAGCUUGAAAAGUAACAAUGGAUGAAAGUGUUACUAAGACCAAAAUGGACGAACAUUUGAUGAGAGUCGAACAAGAAACGAUUGCUGCACUGGAUAGCUUCCAAAAAUCUGGUUUAAAAGUGGACAAGGAGUUUAUAAGCGAUUUUCUGAAGGUGUCAAUUAAUCGUUUGACCCAGACAUGCAUAUGCUAUGAGGUUGAUGUAAGGUCAAACACAUCACGUGGAACACCAAGUCCAGUAACUACAAAAACAAAUGCACAUUUCAUUGAUUUGACCGAUUCGCCAGAGGUCCCGAAAAAUUCGAAACGAAAAUCGAAAGAAUUUGUCAUUGUUGAAGAAGAUUUGGAACAGCCGAAAAAGCUGAAAACGAUCAACGCGAAUGCAGCUACUGCUUACUCUACUGACUACAAUGUCAAUCAAUCACACAUGAAGUGUACAAUUUUCUAUUGUAUACAGUGUUUGGAUCCAAAUGACACCGACAAAUCGUACAGCGGCACCAUUGACGAUGUGUACAAACAUUGGAUGGUCAGUCAUGAAAGUGGAUCGUAUUCAGAGCCGUUUAAAUUUUAUGCAUUCGCGUUGUGCAAUUGUUACCAUUGCAAUGAAGUUGGUACGUACCAGGAUUUGGUAAAGCAUCAUAAGGACCAACAUAAAGACGAACAAUUUGCGAUUGUCGACCGAUUAAAUUUCAACAAAUGUGGCAUUUGUUAUUUCGAAGACGGUGAUUUAAUCAAACAUUUUCGUAACUUUCAUUCGAAAACAUCGAACUUCUUCAAUCCAGUCCAUUACGAAAAAAAUCGAAUCGAAGAACUGCUAACAAUUAAUGUGUACAAAGAACCACGAUGCAUAUUUUGCAUUGAAACAUUUGCCAAUCAAACUGAAUUAACUGAACAUUACACCGCAUCGCACCUUGGCUUCAAAGCAGAAACUAUUUCGGGUUGUCGCAAUAUGCCGUCGUAUUUGAUUUGUGGCUUUUGUGAGAAAAUCGUUGAACGCAACCUUUAUUUGAACCAUUUCAAGGUACAUGUCUAUGAUUUUAAGUGUGAACAAUGUGCUUUUCAAUCAAUGGAUCUCGUGCAGUUAAUCUUACACGAAAAAAAUGUACACCGUAUCAAUAGUCUAAGUUACCAUUGCGCCACUUUUUCCACAUGGUUAAAAGAACAAAACCUCACCACAAAUAUGGUCUUCGAAAAUGGUUUGAUUUUGCAAAAUUGUAAUGUGCUCGACACCGAAUACGAUUACAGCAAACCGGUCAUGACAUAUAUUGACGAAUAUGUGGAUUUGGCAAGAAAACGUGUCGACCGAACUGAGAUGAAUGGGACUUCUGGUGAACGACGAACAACAGAAAUGGAUGGUUUACCAACAGAUUCAUCGUCGAUUGCUGAAUUGCACGAGCAACGAAAAUUGGCCAAUAAUAUCUAUAUAGGUGGCAUCCAACAUCAAUCAAAGGACAUUGAUUUGCACGAUAUUUUUCUUAAUCUAUGUCAAAAACUUGAUAUAACUGCUAAUCGCGACGAUAUAAAGGAAAUUUACAUGUGCAAAUCGAUUGGAUUGAUAGUAAAAUUGCGGUUCAACGAUUUAAAAAAGUCAAUUAUUCGCGAAAUAAAUAACAAAUGUAUUUAUUCAAAUGAAUUGGUUGACUUGGAUAUGGGCCAGGAGCCCAGAAAAAUUAACAUUCGUCAUCAAAUGACAAAAUUUUAUACUGAUAUCUGUAUUGCUGCAACAAAAUAUCAAAAACAACGCGAUCUUUACUCAUUUGAUAUAUGCUACGAUGGCGUCCUCAUUAAACGGAAUGAAAUGGAUAACGGGGUUGUCAUUCAAUCCAAACAGCAACUCGUCGACUUGAUGAACAGCAACUCGACUGAAUAUCAAUAAACAUGGAGCUUCAGAAUAUGAAGUAAAACUACAACAAUCUUUUAUAAUCAUUUUAUUGGAAUAUGAUUCAAUCAACUUUAUUUACUUUUAUACUGACCAAUUUAUACGAAAUAACAAUUCGUAAUGUAAUUGCUAAGCACAAUCGUAUUGUACAAAACUAAGGAAACACAAUACUCAGUUAUAGUAUCCCUCAAUAAAAAAUUAUUUCAUU